AUGAACGGCGUUAACGGAUUAAACGGUCAUUACGAUCAAAACGGAGGCGGAGACAUAAUAAGUCAAAAUCAACAAAAGGGAUGCUGGACGAUCGGUCUUAUAAAUUCAAAAUUCCGGUAUUUGACAGCGGAAACGUUCGGAUUUAAAAUAAACGCCAACGGUACGAGUUUGAAGAAGAAACAAAUAUGGUCGUUGGAACCAAGCGGCGAAGACAGUACCAUUUAUUUGAGGAGUCAUUUGGAUAAAUAUCUCGCGGUGGAUUCGUUCGGAAACGUGACUUGCGAAUCCGAAGAAAAAGAUCAGAGUUCUAAAUUUCAAAUAUCCGUCGCGGAUGACGGGUCCGGACGUUGGGCUUUCCGGAACGUCGUGAGAGGUUAUUUCCUCGGAGCGAGUUCCGAUAAGUUGAUGUGCACGGCCAAAAGUCCCGGAGAUACGGAAUUUUGGAUGGUUCACCUCGCGGCACGUCCACAAGUCAAUUUGAGAUCCAUCGGACGUAAAAGGUUCGCUCACUUGUCGGAAAAUUUGGAAGAAAUCCACGUUGACGCAAACAUUCCCUGGGGAGAAGAUACUUUGUUCACGUUGGAAUUCCGAUUGGACGACGGCGGAAAAUACGCUCUUCACACUUGCAACAAUAAAUAUUUGUCGAGGGAGGGAAAACUCGUUGACGAAUGCAACGUCAAUUGCUUAUUUUCCGCCGAAUAUCAUCAGGGAUCUUUGGCUCUGAGGGAUCGAUGCGGGGCGUAUCUAUCACCCAUAGGGUCAAAAGCCGUCCUUAAAACUCGUUCACAAACUGUCACAAAAGAUGAAUUGUUUUCUCUUGAAGAUUCGCUCCCUCAAGCAAGUUUUGUUGCCGCAUUGAAUUCGAGAUAUGUAUCAGUUAAGCAAGGAGUUGACGUGACUGCUAAUCAAGAUGAAAUAUCCGAUCACGAAACGUUUCAAUUGGAAUUUAAUGGUGCAACAAAAAGAUGGUAUCUGAGAACGAUGCAAGAUCGUUAUUGGACUUUGGAAACAGGCGGUGGAAUACAAGCUUGCGGUGACAAAAAGUCUUCAAAUGCUUUGUUCGAUUUGGUUUGGCAAAAUGAUGGGUCUCUGUGCUUCCGUGCCAACAACGGGAAAUUUGUCGCCACGAAAAGAUCUGGUCAUUUAUAUGCUAAUUCUGACGUCGUCGAAGAUUCGUGCAAAUAUUUUUUCUAUUUGAUCAACAGGCCCAUUUUGGUAUUGAAAUGCGAACAGGGAUUCGUCGGUUACAAAAGUUCUUCGUCUACCAAACUUGAAUGCAACAAAGCCACGUACGAAACGAUUCGAGUUGAAAGAGGAGAAAAAGGCGUCGUUUAUUUUAAGGGUCAAAACGAUAAAUAUUGGCACGGGGAUAGCGAAUGCGUUGCCGUGGAUUCGGAUGUUCCAGAGGGUUUUUAUUUGGAAUUACGGGAACCCACGAGGAUUUGCAUAAAAUCAGUUCGUGGAGAAUAUUUAGUAGCAAAUAAAAAUGGCGGAUUCCGACUGGGCGAUGGAGAAUACGAAAACGCAACCAAAUGGGAAUAUUAA